UGAUGUAGAAACAGAGAAAAUUAUUGACUGAGUUUGGAGUGAAAAGGAUAAAGACGAAUUCUCACAUUAAGGCAUCAGUUAUAAAUAGUUGGUGGGUGGCUCACCCAACCCUAACCAGUCACAUGAUGAACUCCAUGCAUCUUCAUUUAACAUAUUAUUAUAAAACCACCAGCUACCGAGAAAAUGCAAAUAAUUGAGUGAAAACUCAACUCCAGUUCAUCUUCCUUAGCAUUGCCAUCUCUUCUUUCAAAAAAAUUUUGGUGGAUCUAUGUGUCCUCAUUUCCUCAACCAAUCUCAUUUAUUUCUCCUCAUUCAAUGCCUCCUAUUAAAACCCAGCUCUUUUCCCUGAAAAAUUAGGUGUGAAGAGAGAGAUAGACAGAGGCUUUUGCUGAGUGGGGUUUUACCUUUUUAUUGUCAACGACCUCCCACUGCAUUAAUGCUGCUCUCUCGCUCUCUCUUUCUCUUUCUAUGUGUGCAUGAGGCUUGAGUGUGAGAUGGUGAAAUUCAAGAAACAGACUGGCCUUAGUAAUUGCUUGUCAACGCUGCUUCGCCUAUAAAUCCCUUCUUCUCCAUUUCUACUAGUCAUACUCUCUCAGUUCACUUCUUCUUUCUCUUGGUAAUCAGUUAUUCAAAGCUUUGGUUUUUCCUACAAUGGGGUUGUGUUGAAGCCCUGAAAAGCUAGGUUUAAGCAGUGACCCACCAUUGUUGAUGAGAAAUACCAUCUGGGUUUUUUCUACUGGAGUCUUCUAAGGUACGUUUUUGGAGAUUCAGGUGUUUUCUGAGGAAAGUGCGGUUUUUUUUUCUCGGGAAAAUGGACGUGUUUUGGGCUUCGCUGUUUUUUAUGGCCAUCACUGCUUAUCUGCUGUGGUUCACCUUCAUCUCACGCUCGUUGAGGGGUCCACGUGUCUGGCCUUUAUUGGGCAGCUUACCAGGCUUGAUCGAGAACAGUGAACGCAUGCAUGAAUGGAUCGCUGAAAAUCUACGCGCGUGUGGCGGCACGUACCAAACAUGCAUCUGUGCCGUCCCUUUCUUGGCGCGAAAGCAAGGGCUCGUGACGGUCACAUGCGACCCAAAGAAUCUGGAGCAUAUAUUGAAGACCCGGUUCGAUAAUUACCCUAAGGGUCCCACGUGGCAAGCUGUAUUUCAUGAUCUGCUCGGGGAAGGGAUCUUCAAUUCUGAUGGCGACACCUGGCUGUUUCAGAGGAAGACCGCCGCACUGGAAUUUACCACCCGGACGCUGCGUCAGGCCAUGGCUCGCUGGGUCAGUCGAGCCAUCAAGCACAGGUUCUGCCCCAUUCUCAGGGCGGCUCAGCUAGAAGCCAGGCCAGUUGAUCUUCAGGACCUUUUGCUUCGGAUCACGUUCGAUAACAUUUGCGGCUUGACGUUUGGGAUGGACCCGCAAACCCUAGCUCCAGGCCUCCCUGAAAACAGCUUCGCCUCUGCUUUUGACCGAGCCACCGAAGCCACCCUCCAGCGAUUUAUUUUGCCUGAGGUUAUGUGGAAGCUGAAGAAGUGGCUUGGGUUGGGCAUGGAGGUCAGCUUGAGCCGAAGCAUUGUACACGUGGAGAAUUACCUGUCCAAAGUCAUCAAUACACGUAAGGUGGAGCUGCUGAGUCAGCAAAAAGACGGAAACCCCCACGACGACUUGCUCUCAAGAUUUAUGAAGAAAAAGGAAUCCUACUCAGACUCCUUCCUCCAACACGUGGCACUCAACUUCAUCCUAGCUGGACGUGACACGUCAUCAGUCGCCCUAAGCUGGUUCUUCUGGUUGGUAACCCAGAACCCAACUGUCGAAAAGAAAAUCCUACACGAAAUCUGCACUGUUCUGAUGGGGACACGUGGCAGCGACACGUCAAAGUGGGUUGAUGAGCCGUUAGAGUUUGAAGAGCUGGACCGUUUGAUAUACCUCAAAGCCGCACUCUCCGAAACUCUCCGGCUCUACCCGUCGGUGCCGGAGGAUUCAAAGCAUGUUGUCGCCGACGACAUAUUACCGGACGGCACUUUCGUCCCGGCGGGAUCAUCAAUCACGUACUCAGUAUAUUCAUCGGGUAGGAUGAAAUCCACGUGGGGUGAAGACUGGCCCGAGUUCAGGCCUGAGAGGUGGCUAUCGGCCGACUGCCAGCGAUUCAUACUGCACGACCAAUACAAGUUUGUGGCGUUCAAUGCGGGGCCGAGGAUUUGUUUGGGGAAGGACUUGGCUUACUUGCAAAUGAAGUCCAUAGCCGCGUCGGUGUUGCUGCGCCACCGCCUCGCGGUGGUUUCCGGCCACCGGGUGGAGCAGAAGAUGUCGCUGACGUUGUUCAUGAAGUAUGGGCUCAAGGUUAACGUGCAUGAAAGGGAUUUAACGGCAGUUGUGGACGGCGUUAGGAACGAGAAAGCAAGUGAGGUGUGUGGCGAGGAAGCUGUUAGAGUUAAAUGUAACGGUAACUGUCAAGCCAGUGGUUCGGUUGUUGUUGGGGGUGGCGGCGUGCGGCUCGGUGUUACUUGAGAGGUUGUUUUGGGCUGUACUUGUGGGCUGACGGAUAUACUGCAGUAGCCCAACAGUUAUUAAGGCCCAAUUACGCUUGAUUCUUAAAGAACACGAGGGUAGUGUUCCUCGAAUCCUCUCAUACGUACAGCUGUUCCUUUGUAGCCAAUAUUUUAUAUUUCACAAUCCUAUAAAAUUCUUUGUUUCUUUAUUUCAUUUAUAUUUCUAAUAAAGAUCUGGCAAUGCAUUUCAA